AUGCCGCGGAAGUACGUAUCGAAGCAAGGAGCCAUGAAGAGGGUACCUUACGACCCGGAGGCCUUGAAAAAUGCGGUCGUAGCAGUUAAAGAUGGAGCUGCUUACAAAACCGUCGCAAGAGAAUUUAAAAUUAAUGUCAUGACACUUAAAAGGCUAUGCCGUCGAGACUCUUAUGUUCAAACUGGUUUUACCAAUAGACAAAUUUUGUCCAAACGUCACGAGGAUGAGCUAGGAGCGUAUCUUGUUCAUAUGUCUAAAAUGUAUUAUGGACUUACCGUUGUACAAUUGCGUAAGGUAGCUUACCAAUUCGCCAAAGCAAAUAAGAUGAAAUACCCCUCUUCAUGGGAUCACUCGCAACAGGCGGGUCGCGAUUGGUAUCGUGGAUUUUUGGAGAGACAGCAAACUCUAUCCUUAAGAACUCCAGAGCCUACCAGCUUGGCGCGAGCGACAGCGUUUAAUAAACACACCGUGGCGGAAUUUUUUGGAAAUUUGACUGCAGUUUUUAAUAAGCACGAAUUUACUGCCGAAAGGGUGUGGAAUAUUGACGAAACAGGGGUAACAACUGUCCAUAAACCCAGCAAAAUUAUUGCAGUUAAGGGUUCCAAACAAGUAGGAAAAAUGACAUCGGCCGAACGAGGUGAGCUGGUUACCGUUUGUGCCUGUAUCAACGCUGCCGGGGGCCACAUCCCGCCAUACAUGAUAUUCCCCCGAAAAAACUGGCAGGAUAGGUUCCUCAAUCAUGCCCCUCCUAGCAGCGAUGCAACUACUCAUCCUAGUGGAUGGAUGACGGGCGACAGUUUUAUAAAAUUCCUCAAGCAUUUUGUUCGUCAUGUUCAACCCAACGCUGAUAGGAAACACCUCAUCAUCAUGGACAAUCACGAGAGUCAUUGUUCUUUCGACGCCCUCAACUACGCAAAAGACAACGGAAUCGUUCUUCUCACAAUUCCACCACACACAUCCCACAAGCUGCAGCCAUUAGACAGGACUGUUUUUGGCCCCUUAAAAACCUUUUAUUCUCAGGCAGCAUCAAAUUUUAUGCUGAGACACCCCGGGAGAACAAUCACAAUCUACGACGUUUCGGAACUAUUAGGGGAAGCUUUCCCAAGGGCUAUGGUGCCUACCAAUAUAAUUAGUGGCUUCAGGGCGGAAUAUGGCCCAUAA